ACGUACAAAUCACACCGACUCCGACGUCUCUCUCGUUCUCUGACUUUCGCUUAUCCGCCGAGUUCAAAUUACAUCACUGGCCUUCCCCAAAUCACUGUCUCUUCUCUCUCUCUACAUGCGAAGACUAGAGAGAGAAAGCGAGUUCAAACAGGAAGUUUCGCUCAAAGGUAGAGAAGCAAGCAUUGUUGCAGAAAUUGUUGUUGAAGUUUCUGGGACCUGAUGAGUACCUGACCUUUGAUUAUUGUAAAAUAGUUCAUCGCUUAUUUCUGAAGCCUUUGAUUACCAUGGAAGAGGAAAAUGCUGACGAGCUUCUUCAAAGAUAUAGGCGGGACAGGCAGAUACUUCUUGAUUUCAUACUCUCUGGUAGCUUAAUUAAGAAAGUUGUAAUGCCUCCGGGUGCAGUAUCAUUAGAUGAUGUGGAUCUAGAUCAAGUUAGUGUCGAUUAUGUUCUCAGUUGUACUAAGAAAGGUGGAAUGCUUGAACUCUCUGAAGCCAUUAGAGAUUAUCAUGAUAACACUGGAUUCCCGCAUAUGAAUAAUACAGGUUCUACCGACGAAUUCUUUUUGGUUACAAAUCCUGAAUCUUCAGGUUCACCUCCAAAAAGGGCACCGCCUGUCCCUGUCUUCACACCAUUGUCUGUCCCUGUCUUCACACCAUCACCUGUCCCUUCCUUAAUGCAAUCAUCCAUUGAGUCCAAUGACUCAAACCUAUCAAAAUCACAGUCCCUGAAUUCCAGACAAGUUCAAGAAUUAUCUGUUGAUGAUAUUGAUGAUUUUGAGGAUGAUGAUUUCGAUGAAGCUGAUAGUCGAAGGAUUUCAAGGCGAAUUCCAAAUGAUGCCAGUGAUCUUCUGGUGCAUCUGCCUUCAUUUGCAACAGGUAUUACAGAUGAUGAUCUCCGUGAAACUGCAUAUGAAAUCCUCUUGGCUGCUGCUGGCGUUUCAGGGGGCCUCAUUGUACCAUCAAAGGAAAAAAAGAAAGACAAAAAGUCCAGAUUGAUUAGAAAACUUGGGCGUAGUAAAAGCGAACAUGUCGUGACCCAGUCUCAGCACACUCCUGGUUUAGUUGGCCUUUUGGAGACAAUGCGUGUCCAGAUGGAGAUUUCUGAGGCAAUGGACAUCAGAACAAGACAAGGGCUGCUUAAUGCCCUUGUGGGAAAGGCGGGAAAGAGAAUGGAUACUCUUCUGAUUCCUCUGGAACUGUUAUGCUGCAUCUCUCGAACAGAAUUUUCUGACAUGAAAACUUAUAUACGGUGGCAGAAAAGACAAUUAAACAUGUUGGAGGAGGGGCUUAUCAAUCACCCUGCUGUGGGAUUUGGGGAGUCUGGACGGAAGGCAAAUGAACUGAGGAUUCUUUUGGCGAAGAUUGAAGAAUCUGAGUCUCUUCCAUCUUCUACGGCUGAACUCCAACGGACUGAAUGCUUGAGAUCUCUCAGAGAUAUUGCCAUUCCACUUGCGGAGAGGCCAGCUCGAGGUGACCUAACUGGUGAAGUAUGCCAUUGGGCGGAUGGUUAUCACCUAAACGUCAGAAUAUAUGAGAAACUGCUUCUCAGUGUAUUUGAUGUUUUAGAUGAGGGCAAACUUACAGAGGAAGUGGAAGAAAUGCUUGAGCUUUUGAAGUCAACAUGGCGUAUUUUGGGAGUCACAGAAACUAUCCAUUACACAUGCUUUGCUUGGGUGUUAUUUCGUCAGUUUGUCAUCACAAACGAGCAAGGAAUAUUGCGUCAUGCCAUCGAGCAGUUAAAUAAAAUACCAUUGAAGGAACAGCGGGGCCCUCAAGAGAGAUUACACUUGAAAAGCUUGCAUUCUAGGGUUGAAAGUGAAGAAGGAUAUCGAGAGUUAGCUUUCUUGCAGUCUUUCUUAUCACCUAUUCAAAAUUGGGCUGAUAAGCAGCUGGGAGACUAUCACCUGCACUUUGCUGAGGGGUCAUCAAUGAUGGAGAACAUAGUUGCAGUUGCAAUGGUUGCUCGAAGGCUUCUUAUUGAAGAACCCGAAAUGGCAAUGGAAUCUAUUUAUCUCACUGACAGAGAUCAGAUAGAGUCAUAUGUAUCAUCAUCGAUUAAGAAUGCAUUUGCAAGGAUCUUGCAGGACGUUGAAACAAUGUCUGAUGCAUCGGAUGAACAUCCUUUAGCAUUACUUGCAGAACAGACAAAGAAGCUUUUGAAGAAAGAUUCAACCAUGUUUAUGCCAAUCUUAUCUCAGAGGCAUCCACAAGCAGCUGGUGUUUCUGCAUCUCUUCUGCACAAACUUUAUGGGAACAAGUUGAAACCUUUCCUUGAAGGCGCUGAACAUCUCACCGAGGAUGUGGUAUCUGUAUUUCCAGCAGCUGAUAGUCUUGAGCAGUAUAUAGUGACAGUUAUCACAUCUGCUUGUGAAGAGGGAACUGCAGAGGCUUACUGCAGGAAACUAAAUCUAUACAAGAUUGAAACUAUAUCUGGAACUUUGGUGUUGCGAUGGGUCAAUUCUCAACUUGCUAGAAUUCUCGGUUGGGUUGAGAGGGCUAUUCAGCAAGAGCGGUGGAACCCAGUAUCGCCUCAGCAACGACAUGGAAGUUCAAUUGUUGAAGUUUAUAGGAUCGUGGAAGAGACAGUUGAUCAAUUUUUUGCUCUUAAGGUUCCAAUGAGAGACGGAGAACUGAAUAGCCUUUUUCGUGGCAUUGACAAUGCCUUUCAAGUGUAUGCAGAGCAUGUUGUUGACAAGUUGGCUACCAAAGAAGAUAUAAUUCCACCUGUGCCUAUACUUACAAGAUACAAGAAGGAAAUUGGAAUCAAGGCUUUUGUGAAGAAGGAACUAAUUGACCCAAGGUUACCUGAUGUGCGAAGGUCUUGUGAAAUUAAUAUUUUAACCACACCAACACUUUGUGUUCAGCUAAAUACUCUUCAUUAUGCCAUUAGCCAGCUGACUAAGUUGGAAGAUAGCAUUUGGGAGCGGUGGACAGGGAAAAAGCCUCAUGAUAAGCCAUUGACUAAUAUUCUAUCAUCCAAGGUACAGAAUCAAGGGGAGAAGAUUCUAGAAGGGAAAUCCAUCGAUGAAAACUCUAGAAGUUUCAAGCAGAAGGACACAUUUGAUGGAAGUAGAAAAGAUAUUAAUGCAGCUAUCGAUCGGAUUUGUGAGUUCACUGGAACUAAGAUUAUUUUCUGGGAUUUAAGGGAGCCAUUCAUUGAAAAUUUAUAUAAACCCAAUGUUUCUCAGUCUAGGUUGGAAGCACUAAUUGAACCACUUGACGUGGUACUGAAUCAACUGUGUGAUAUCAUUAUGGAGCCGCUCAGGGACCGCAUUGUGACAGGUCUUCUCCAAGCAUCACUGGAUGGCUUGCUCCGUGUUAUACUAGAUGGAGGACCAUCACGUGUUUUCUUCCCGGGCGAUGCUAAGCUAUUGGAAGAAGAUUUGGAGAUCUUAAAGGAAUUCUUUAUUUCCGGAGGAGAUGGACUUCCUCGUGGAGUCGUUGAAAAUCAAGUAGCACGUGUACGGCAGGUUAUAAAGUUGCUUGGCUAUGAGACACGAGAAUUGAUCGAGGACUUGAGAUCUUCCGGUGGGUUAGACAUGCAGGGUGGCAGAAGCAAGCUGGGUGCUGAUACUCGUACCCUAAUACGAAUAUUAUGUCACAGGAGCGAUUCCGAGGCUUCUCAAUUCCUCAAGAAACAAUACAAAAUACCCGAGUCUUCUGCCUAGGACAAUGCUGCGUAACCUUUGAAAUCCGCAGAAGGAUAAAGCAAGAACAGGAAGAAAUUGUAUUUGCAAGAAACCCCCCUUGCCAAUGAGAAUGUAAAAUUCAUUUGUUUGUGUUUUUCUUGGAAUAGUGUCGGGGUUCAGUGGAGGCAUGUGCUUGAAAAAAAGAAAAAAGAAAUAGUGGACAUUUUGUUACAUUUUUGCUUUAAAUUUUGAAUGUCUAUUUUACCUUAAUUUGUAAAAACUAGUUGUAUUUGUCGCCUUCAUGUCAUUGUAUCAUUACUGCAUUUAAACUUAAUUUUGGUCUAUGAAUGAUGGAAAAACUUAUUUAAUUGUCAUAGCAAUGUUUUGAACAUGUA